AUGGUGAAGACACGGAAUGCAAGCCGUAGGAGUCAACGGGUAGACUAUAAAGAAAAACAGGAAUCUAACCUCGAGCCCGACACACUUGUCUCCAGCGAAUCUAGCGACGAUGAGGAGAAAGGCGAUGCGCCUAUAUGGUUAAGUGAAAAUAAUGAACUCGGGGUCCAAGACGUUGAUCUAAGUUCUGGGGACGAAGAAGAUGACACAGAGUUAAAUAACUUGAUCCAAGAGCAGGAGUCGAAACGCCAAGAAGCACAAUUGAAGAAGGAUGAAGAGGAAAAAUCAGAGGAAGAAUUCGACGAUACCACUGUCUCUAUGAAACUCAACAGGCUGCAGGAGUUCGUAAAGCAGAGUCAGGUUUAUUCAAGAAUUAUCGCAGAUACUUUGCUCACACGGUCGCAGGAAAGGCAGACGGAGAAAGAGGCGAAAGAGCCUCCCAGAAAGCGCACAAAAGUCACUGACUUUUUCAGAAAGAGCAAGAAGGAGCCGGUCGCGGACAGUGAAGAACCGGAACCAGUGUUGCACCAACAACCUUCAAUGCUAAAGAACUGUCAGUUAAAACCCUACCAGCUCGAGGGCGUCAACUGGCUCAUAACGCUUUAUGAGAAUGGGCUGAAUGGAAUUCUAGCAGAUGAGAUGGGGCUGGGCAAAACGUUGCAGAGCAUAGCUCUCCUUGCCUUUAUUACGGAAAUGGAUACCGGUGGACCGUUCCUUAUCGCAGCUCCAUUGAGCACACUUGAUACGUGGGUUAAUGAGUUUUCUAGAUUCGCGCCUGAUAUUAAAGUUUUGAAGUAUUAUAGUUCUCAGGGCCAGCGUCAGCGCCAGCAACUUCUGAAGGACUUUUUCCGGAAAACCAAAAAUGAGGGCGUAAUUGUAACCUCUUAUGAGGUGAUCAUUCGGGACAUAGAGCAAAUUCUAUCAUACCAAUGGAAAUUCUUGAUUGUGGAUGAAGGUCAUCGUAUCAAGAAUAUCAAUUGCAAGUUGAUACGAGAACUAAAACGUAUCAAUACAUUAAAUCGACUCUUGAUCACCGGCACAGCUUUACAGAAUAACUUAAGUGAGCUCUGGUCACUUCUCAACUUUAUAAUGCCUGACAUUUUUGCGGACUUCGAAAUAUUCCACAAAUGGUUUGAUUUUAGCGAUCUGGAAUUGAAAAGCUCAUCCCAAGGACUCAAUAGACUUAUAAACGAUGAACUCGAGAAGAACCUCAUCUCUAAUUUGCACACCAUUUUGAAGCCAUUUUUGUUGAGAAGACUGAAGAAAGUUGUGCUUGCCAAGAGUCUUCCACCGAAGCGAGAGUACAUUGUUAACUGUCCGUUGACUCCGAUUCAGAGGAAGUUUUACAAAGCUGCACUGGGCGGGAAGUUAAAACAGGCAAUCUUCAAGCAGGCAAUAAAGAACUUUUUUACCUUGAACCAGGACCAGAUAGGCUGUGUUAGUAACAAGUCCAUUCGGGAAUUUUUAGAAUGGAGGCUAAAACAUGGUCGGGAGGAGCCCGAGACCAAGGUACUACGACAGAUGAAUGAGCUCUACAAUCAGCAUAUCCACCGCGCACUUCUGCACAAGAGGCUUCAAAACCCCAUGAUACAACUUCGGCAGGUGGUGGACUCUACACUGCUUUUCUUCUUUCCAUUCCUAGACCCUGAACAUCUGACCCUUGAAUUCUUGCUUCAGACCUCGGGCAAGCUGCAAAUUCUUCAGCAACUGGUACCUCCCUUGGUCGCGAAGAAACACAAAGUCCUGAUCUUCACCCAGUUUGUAAGUAUGCUGGACCUAAUUGAGGAUUGGUGCGAACUGAAUGAAAUCAGGGUAUGUCGCAUUGAUGGUUCAAUGGACAACGAAGCGCGGCAGGAACAUAUAGAGCGUUUCAACGACGGACACGAUUCUUACGAUGCGUUUCUCAUAUCCACCCGCGCGGGCGGGCUCGGUAUCAACUUGACUGCUGCCGACACGGUGGUACUUUUCGAUAGCGACUGGAACCCACAAGUGGACCUGCAGGCCAUGGACCGCACGCAUCGUAUCGGACAGACCAAGCCCGUGAUUGUGUACCGCCUAUGCUGCGACAACACAGUGGAGCAUGUCAUCCUAACAAGAGCAGCAAGUAAGCGCAAGCUCGAGAAAAUGGUAAUUCAACUUGGCAAUUUUGGUACCCUCAAACGUCUUGCUGGCAACGAGAGUUCGUUCAUCAGCCAAGGCCAUACUCCUGCAAACUCGAACAAAGAGCUUAUGCACGAACUCUCGCAGCUUCUGAUGAGUGAUGAGUCAAGUAUAAGUGGGUUUCCCAGGAGCGGAAACCCAGAGCUAACUACAGAUGAACUAGCCGAGUUGUUCGACCGUUCUGAAAAAGCUUUCCGGAUUGAAAACGCAAAAAAAGAGUGGCCACACAUACGGCUGUUCGAGAGCACUACAGCCGCAAAAUAG